AUGCAGAACGAGUGGUUAGACAUACGAGAUUUUUGCAUCCCAUUAGCAUUAAAAUGGCGCACUUUAAUUUAUGAUUGGUCGCCAGCAUUGCUAAAAUUCUAUCUCAAUGCGUUCCAGAUGACUCUCCCAGAUCAGAGUAAUUUAGUAAGAUGGGGUAAAAGUACCGAAAAAACUUGCUAUAUCUGUGGAAAGGCAGUUGGAACUGCUAAGCAUCUGCUGGUGGGAUGUAGGGUACUCCUUGACAGCGGUCAAUACUCGCGUCGUCACGAUAGGGUUCUAGAAGUCAUACGUGAAGCGGUUAGUCUUUCGGUAGCCAGAGCGCAAAAGGGAAUAACCACAAACGAACGAUCAGUAGGUUUUGUGAAAGAAGGCACUAGGGCUACAAAAUCAAACGUCAAGCCUUACUCCAUCCUUAAAGCGGCGUCGGAUUGGACUAUAAUGAUGGACACGUAUGAAAAACAAUAUAAAAUCCCCGAGGAUAUUUGUGCGUCGGCCUCCAGACCGGAUAUAUUUUUGUUUUCGCGAAUUUUAAAGCGCGUAGUGAUGAUAGAGCUUACGGUCCCUUGGGAAACCAACAUCCCCAAAGACCAUACCAUCAAGGUCAACAAAUAUUACGAGCUCACAAACGAACUCACUCGAAAUAGGUUCGUAGUAGAUUUGUACGCGGUAGAGGUGGGAGCGAGAGGUAUAACAGCUAAAUCUCUCUAUAACCUACUAAAAGACUUGGGCCUGUCCAGAACUAACAUUAAUUCAUUCUUAGAACGUACGUCGAAGGCAGCCCUAGUAGGUUCUUUUCAAAUUUGGUUAGGUAGGGAGAGGAGCUUGGACAGUGGAGGUGAGCGUAUAACGCGCGUUAGUUAA